AAGAUCGUAGGCAUCUGUUCCCAAAGUAAAAUGUCUGCUGAGCACAAAGGUUUCUGGGUAAAUGGGAAGAUCGUUGCGGAAAGCAACAGUGUUUACACCCAUGUUCUGAGGCGCCGCUUCUUUUAGGGGCCGGCGGGCUUUCCCAGCUGUGAAUGGCGGGGCGCUGGCGCCCGCCCCCAACACGACCCAAUCAGAAAGGAGGAAGGGAUCUCAACCAUUGGUUGCUGGCUUGCGCCAAUCCGAAUAGCUCUGAUUUGGCGCGAGUCUUGGUCACCUCCGGAGCUCCUCGGGUCCCAGCCGUAGCUAAAGGUGUCCCUUCGCCGUGGUGAUGUUCGUGUCCGAUUUCCGCAAGGAGUUCUACGAACUGGUCCAGAGCCAGAGGGUCCUUCUCUUCGUGGCCUCGGAUGUAGAUGCUCUGUGCGCUUGCAAGAUCCUUCAGGCUCUGUUUCAGUGUGAUCACGUGCAGUACACACUGGUUCCAGUUUCUGGGUGGCAAGAACUUGAAACUGCAUUUCUUGAACACAAAGAACAGUUCCGCUAUUUUAUCCUCAUAAACUGUGGGGCUAAUGUAGACCUACUGGACAUCCUGCAGCCUGAUGAAGAGACUAUAUUUUUUGUGUGUGAUACCCACAGACCAGUCAAUGUUGUGAAUGUGUACAACGACACCCAGAUCAAAUUACUCAUUAAACAAGAUGAUGACCUUGAGGUUCCUGCCUAUGAUGACAUCUUUAGGGAUGAAGAAGAAGAUGAAGAUCUUUCAGGAAGUGAGGACGUUGAUGGAUCAGAGCCUUCUGAGAAGCGCACACGAUUAGAAGAGGAGAUAGUGGAGCGAACCUUGAAGAGGAGGCAGCGGAGAGAGUGGGAGGCCCGGAGAAGAGACAUCCUCUUUGACUAUGAGCAGUAUGAGCAUUAUGGGACAUCGUCGGCCAUGGUGAUGUUUGACCUGGCAUGGAUAAUGUCCAAGGACCUGAAUGACAUGCUGUGGUGGGCCAUUGUUGGACUGACAGACCAGUGGGUGCAUGACAAGAUCACUCAAAUGAAGUAUGUGACUGAUGUUGGCAUCCUGCAGCGUCAUGUGUCCCGGCACAACCACCGGAAUGAAGAUGAGGAGAAUACGCUGUCUGUGGACUGCACACGGAUCUCCUUUGAAUAUGACCUCCGCCUAGUGCUGUACCAGCACUGGUCCCUCCAUGAAAGCCUGUGCAACACCAGCUACACUGCAGCCAGAUUCAAGCUGUGGUCUGUGCAUGGACAGAAACGCCUUCAGGAGUUCCUUGCAGAUAUGGGGCUCCCCCUGAAACAAGUGAAGCAGAAGUUUCAGUCCAUGGACAUGUCCUUGAAGGAGAAUUUGCAGGAAAUUAUUGAAGAGUCUGCAAAUAAAUUUGGGAUGAAGGACAUGCGUGUGCAGACUUUCAGCAUACAUUUUGGGUUCAAGCAUAAAUUCCUGGCCAGUGAUGUGGUCUUUGCCACCAUGUCUUUGAUAGAGAGCCCUGAAAAGGAUGGCUCAGGAACGGAUCACUUCAUCCAAGCUCUGGAUAGUCUCUCCAGAAGUAACCUGGAUAAGUUGUAUCUUGGUCUGGAGCUUGCCAAGAAACAGCUGCAAGCCAUCCAGCAGACAAUUGCCAGCUGCCUCUGCACCAACUUGGUCAUCUCUCAGGGGCCUUUUCUCUACUGCUCCCUCAUGGAGGGCACUCCAGAUGUCAUGCUGUUUUCUAAGCCAGCGUCCCUAAGCCUGCUCAGCAGACACCUGCUCAAGUCUUUUGUGUGUUCGACGAAGAACCGGCGCUGCAAGCUGCUGCCCCUGGUGAUGGCUGCCCCCCUGAGUGUGGAACAGGGCACAGUGACUGUGGUGGGCAUUCCCCCAGAGACUGAUGGCUCAGACAGAAAGAACUUUUUUGGCCGGGCUUUUGAGAAGGCAGCAGAAAGCACAAGUUCUCGGACACUACACAACCACUUUGACCUCUCAGUAAUUGAGUUGAAAGCCGAGGACCGGAGCAAGUUCCUGGAUGCCCUAGUGUCACUUCUGAGCUGAGGAGUUUGAUUUCUCCAGAAGUGACCCCUUCUCCUUAUUUAUAUUACCUGGCCUCUAGUUAGAUUGUAACUUAUGUUUUUAGUACAGAACGGUGGUUUUUAAUUGAAUAAAAUGCUUGGUCUGUC